UUUUAUUCUAUCCAUAAGCAUGGACCCUUCGACCAGAAGCUACGAGUCACCGCCAGCCGCUCUCAGUCCAAAGCACAAGCCAGAGAAGUCUUCCAGGAAUAAUAAAGUUGAUCUUGUCAUCACCGAUGACAGGGUUUUUAAAGUCAACCCAAAAACUACUAAACCGAAGAAGUCAAUAGAUCGAAAGAGAAAUUUUAAGGAUAGUAUUGAAGAGCCCACUGAAUACGUCCGACUUCCUGUAAUUUCAAAGGGGAGAUCAGAUAAAGGAUUGUUGAUGAAACGCAAGCGCAAUAACACUCAGGUCAGAAAGUCUUAUAAUGACCAGAUUAGGGAGAAGAGUUCUUACUCUUAUACCGAUGAAACCCAGAGCAGCAUUGUUCCAAGAUCAACAGGAAUCCUGGAGACCAUCAAUGAGGAGUGGAACAAAGAGAAGAAGAAGUCUAUCCUGGAUAUUUUUGAGAAGAACUAUGACCUACCUUCUCUUCAGCUCUUUAAGAAUCGGAAGUAUAAAAUAGAACGGAAAAGGGCUUAUAAAUGUAAAUAUAAUCCUUUAAAAAGACUUGAAAGUUUAAGCACUGAUGAUAAUGUCCUGAGUUUGCAGGGUAAGAUAAAGACGAUACCCCACAAGCAAAGAAAGAAUAAGGUAUCUAGCUUGAUUUAUAACCAGAACACGCCUAGUUAUCGCUACAAAAAUCACUCUAUGAGCCAUAGAGACCCUGCUACUAUGUUCUCGAACUCUGAUAACCUGAGUCAUUCUUCACGCUAUGACCCAAAGAAGGAUCGAUAUAAGUUGAUAAACUGGAUUAAGAACAAAAGAAACAGGAGUAAGGACAUGGAGAAUAUCAAAAAUGAUUCUAUAUUUGCCAAAUACAGCGUUGGAAGUAAAACUAACGUAGACAGUCAUCCUCGCAACUUUAGGCAUCUGGAGGGCCAACUCUCAUACAGCAAUAUUGCGACCAUCUUAUCUUCUGAAGGAGGUAAAAAGAUGAAGAUUAAGGUUUAGAAAGCACUUUUUGUGUAUUAU